AUGAAUUUCAACGUCUGGAAUAUCAAGGAGAUGUUGAGCACACCGACAGCCACUGGGCCUAAUAAGUUUUCCAUCCGGAGCAGCGCUCCUAGUGACUACUCGAGUUUGAGUGAUUCUCAGCUGCUCUUCGGCUCCCAGUUCUGCCCAGAGAACGUGCAGUCGGCAGCGGUGCCACUGGAGCUGGGCACGCAACUGGGACAGCACAACUCCCAAGAUAGCGAGCCCAGUAUUUUUACCAAAUACCAGACAAAACCACAGUUAUUUGAUGAAGAUGCAAAAGAAAAAGGUUCGCUUAAUUUUGGUGCAGGAAGAGUGAAAAGUGUCUUGGAAAAUUUUGAAGUGAAUAAGAACAAAAUAAAGGAAAAAUAUGAUCGUGAGGUUUUAAGCACCUUUAUUUCCAGUAUCAAAGACAGGCUUCAAGGGCUGCAAGCAUGCUUGGACAAGUUUGGAGAAAUGUUUGAUUCAAGAAACAAAUCAAUUCUGGUUCACCUAGAAACCAUUUCCAAGACACUGCAAGAUGCUCUUCAAAGUCACUGUGGCUCCGUGCUGAAAGCUCUGACAGAUAAAAGCCAAAUGGAGCAGGCGCUGCUGGAGAUGGAGAGGAGACUUGCAGCCAAAGAUGUGGAGAUUUCAGAUGUGAAAUCCAGUGUCCAGCUGCUGAAGGAGGGUCUGGAGUCACUGCCCACUCAGCUGAGUGAUCAGUACCUGAAGCUGUGUGAAGAACUAGGCUUCCUGAAGCUCACUAACACCUUAGCUGAGCUGCACACAUUCAUUUCCAGUGCCAGACUCCCCCCUCACACAGCAGAUAACUCUUCCCAGACCUCCCCUGGCCCAUGCCCGGACUGUGUUUUGGGUGAGGAGAACGUGUGCUGGCCACGCUGCCGAGGCAGGGGGGUUUGCAGCUCCUCAGGUCAGUCUCAGCCCCCCUGCAUGGCAGUGGGGGAGCAGCACGGAGACUCCUCCGUGAGGAACCAGGUCACUGGGGAUGGUACAUCUAAGGGUGACCUAAACACAGCUUCAGGAGGGAAAGUCAGCCCCAUUGCUACAGCGGUGAAAUACGGUUUGGAAACACAGAGCUGUGCUAACCACUCUUGUGUGUGCUGUGCUAACAGUCACUUUUUGGGGGUUAGUCAGAAGAAACGCUGUCCUGCACCACAGGAGGUGCCUCUACCAACUCCACUGAGGAAGGCGGUCAGGAGAGGCACUCGGCGAUUUGAACCCAUGACACCAUCACAACAGAGGCAGCCUCAAGUUUGCCACCUUUCUGUACGACACGAUAUGCCUGGGAGGAGAGACAAUAACUGGUCCACAGAUGGUGAGGUGGAGAAUGCAGCUGUGGGGAACAAAGCAAAAGAGAGGCCAGGAAGGGUCCCCUGGAAUAAAGCAAUGGAGAGAAAGAAAAUGUGCCCCGCUGUGAGAAAAGGCGAGCUCUCUCGAUGUGCUGACAGUGGGCUGAAGCAAAGGAAGGCAAACAGGAUUAUUGAGUUGGAAAGCUCCAGAAAAAAUUGCUUUCCCAGAUACACGGUUGCUCUCAAUUUAGGAAGCUCUAACCCGAUUCCUGCAGCUUCCAAUCAGCAGAUCCUCAGCAGCGCUCAGAUGAGGCUUACAAAGAAUUUCCCACCAGUGCCAUGCUCCAAUAAAAGCCUGCAACAACUUGCAGACAAAAGAAAGAGAAGUUUGGAAAUUAAAAAAAGAGCAAAUGUUUCCAGUGUAAAAAGGAAUCUUUGGGAUUCCUCUCCCCAGGAGAAUGUAUUUUCCCUGUGUAGCACAACAGGUGAAAAACAGAUGAGCUGCUUCAGUCUCCGAAGCCCUGCAGCCUCCAAGAAACCGCAUCCUGUCAAUACACUGGCUCAGCAGAAUACGGCCUGUUGCUCUUUAGUUUUUGAUAGCGAUUACUCUGAUUGA